AGCGCGGUUUCAGGACUCGGUACGCCGGGUGCCUGUUUUUAGAGCCGUGGAAUAUAAGUGGAAGAGGGUUUGUGACUGUUGAGGAACCUGUCUUGGGAGGCCUUAGACUCACUGAUCGUUUUUGAAGCCGGGAGUGACCUGUUCUGUUCAUCACAUGAGUGCCACCCUCCUUGGCAUGUUUUCCGGUUUUUAAAUAGAAGUCCUGGAGUGCAUUUUCAUUUGUUAAAGAGAAAAAAAUGGCUACUCUUAAGAAUUUAGAAACUAGAGUGACCCUUACUUCAACCCCAAUCCGAGGAGCAGGAGAUGGAAUGGAAACUGAGGAGCCACCUAAAUCAGUUGAAGUCACCUCUGGAGUACAAUCCAUAAAGCAUCACAUUCUUCAGAAUCCACGGAAGAAAGUAGUUCCAUCAGAGAGCCCAGGAGUUCUUCAACUAGGAAAGAUUGUCACAGAAAAAGCUGUAGAAAUUGAAGCUGUAAGAAUAAUAGUUCCCAAAGCUGCUAUCACUCAUGAUAUCCCGAACAAAACUGCAAAAGUUAAGUCUCUGGGACAUCAAAAAGGAGAACUCCUUAGUCAGUUAGAGACAGUCGUAGAACCUAGGAAUGAACUUGCAGAAGUAAAGAAUAUGUUGGAAAAGCUCAAGAACUCUGAAAAGAGGUUACUGCAGGACAAAGAAGGUCUUUCAAACCAGCUCCGGGUACAGACAGAGGUAAAUCGUGAGUUAAAAAAGUUGCUGGUAGCUUCUGUUGGGGAUGAUCUUCAGUAUCACUUUGAACGUCUAGCCCGUGAGAAAAAUCAGCUUAUUUUAGAAAAUGAAGCCCUAGGUCGAAACACAGCUCAGCUGUCUGAGCAGCUAGAACGUAUGUCAAUACAGUGUGAUGUGUGGCGAAGCAAAUUCCUCGCAAGCAGGGUGAUGGCGGAUGAGUUAACCAACUCCAGAGCCAUUUUACAGCGUCAAAACCGUGAGGCACAAAGUGCUAUCCAAGAUCUCCUGAGUGAACGGGAACAGUUCCGUCAAGAAAUGACAGCUACACAAAAAUUACUGGAGGAACUCUUAGUCUCCUUGCAGUGGGGAAGAGAACAAACUUACUCCCCUGGUGUGCACCCCUACAACACAGCAGAACUAGCAUCAACAAAUCACAGUUUGGCAAAGGCGGUAAAUACUCAUCUUCUGGGAAAUGUUGGCAUGAGCAGUCAAAAAAAGAUUCUAUCCUCAGUUGAAUUUUGCAGCACCCCUGCUGAGAAAAUGGCUGAAAAGGUUCUACACAUUUUGGAUCCAGUUACCUGUACAGAAAGCACUCCUGAUAAUCCAUUUGCUGAGUCUUCACCAACAACCUUACUUGCCACAAAGAAAAAUAUUGGAAGAUAUCAUCCCUAUACCAGAUAUGAAAAUAUAACUUUCAAUUGCUGCAAUCACUGCCAGGGAGACCUUAUUGCCCUUUAACAUUCAGUGUUGAAGGCAUGGUGCAGGCACUUGCUUAUUACCCAGCAGUUAUUACCUGGGAGCUGAGGUUCUUCUAAUGCUGGAAGUACUAUCACUUACUACUUACAUUGUUCCCAAAGAUACUCCAUGCAUUGGAUUCCAGAUUACCCUUUCUUAAUAAAUAUCUCAGGGUAAGAAAAAAAUCGAACUGUGUAGAUAUAUUUGAAGUAGAAUAUACUUUCCAGACAACACAGUGCUUACUCCUAGAGGAGAGUAAAAGAAAAAUAUUCGGUAGAUUUCUUUUAGGCCCUAAAUUAUUUUUUAAUUUAAUUAAUUUAUUUGAAAGGCAGAGAGAGGGAGACAGGGAGAUACAGAGACAGGAAAAGAAAAAGAGACAGCUUCCAUGCACUGAUUCAUUCCCCAGAUUUCAACAGUGGCUGGGGCUGAGCCAGGGCUGAAACUGAGAGCUGAGAAUCCAGUCCAGGUCUCCCAUAUCAGGUGGCAGCAACCCAAUUACCUGAGCCUUCACCACUGCCUCCUGUGGUCUACGUUAGCAGGACAUUGGAAUCAGGAGCUGGAGCUGAAACUAAAACCCAGGUACUCUGAUGUGGAACAUGAGUAUCUUAACUACAAGACCAAAUGCCCUCUCCUAGGGCCUUAAGUUAUUAUUUAUCUUUUGGUUAUCUUAUAUGAGAAAGUUUAGCUUUGGUGCACAAAAACAAAGAUAGCAAAACGACAAUCAUGGGUCAAAUGUAGCCAUACCCAUUCAUGAGCUGUUCUCUAUGCCACUUUUAUACAUUGCCGGAGUUGAGCAGAUGCAGGAGGGCUUGUAUGGCCUGCAAACACUGAAAUAUUUACUAUCUGGUCCUUAAUAGAAAAAAAUUUUCUGAUCCCAAUUAUAAAGUAAUAAUAACAGGAUGAAUGGGAGAGGUUAUUUCUUUUCCUUUUAUGAUAAUUCUUUGGGAAAUACUAGAGGUGAAGGGCAAAUAAGUGCUGUAUAUUAGAAAAAUAAAAAUAUUUUGGAGCCAAAUUAACAAGUACUUCAACAAAACAUGUUUUUGUGUUGGUCUUACACAGGGGAUUUCAUAUUCUGAAUGCAUAUAAUCUGACAUUUGUAAAAUAAAUAGAUUCUUAACUUUUGACUCAUUUUGACAAAUACAACACAAAGGAAUAUCCAACUUUGUAUUUAUAAAACAUGGUGAAGCUAGAACCAUUUUAGACCAUUUUCUAAGAAAAAAUACAACCCAUCAAAUAUAUGUUAUUGUAUGUUUAUAAUGAAUCCUCAUUAAAUGCCUUUUAUGCCUUUUAUAUUAGCUUUUAAAAAUUCAAAAAAAUUAUACCAAAUUUUGCAAAUCAGUUACAGAAGUACCUAACAACAGAGAAAUCUUGAAAAGAUAAAUGUAGACAAGUAAUAUACUUUAAAUAUGUCAACUUAUGAUUUCUUUUCUGUCUUACUCAUCAGAGUUAUAUUUAGUUUCAUGUGACAGUGUAUUUCACUGCCUUUUUUUUUUUUUAAGACUUUAUGUAUUUGAAAGAGUUACAGAGAGAGGUAGAGACAGCCAGAAGAGUUUUCCAUUUGCUGGUUCACUCCCCAGAUGGCUGCAAUGGCCGGAGCUGCGCUGAUCCAGAGCCAGGAGCCAGAAACUUCUUCCGGGUCUCCCACAUGGGUGCAGGGGUCCAAGGACUUGGGCCAUCUACUGCUUUCCUAGGCCAUAGCACAGAGCUGGAUCGGGAGAGGAGCAGCCGAAACACAACACCAGAAGCACAUACAUUGAACUUCAUCAAGAUUUAAAACUUUUCUGUAACAAAGGACACAGUAAAAAAAGAUAAGCAACAGAAUGAAAUAAAGUAUUCACAACUCAUAUUUCUGGUAAGGAUCUUAUGUCCAGAAUAUACUAAGAACAACUCAACAGAGAACUAUAUAACCCAUUAAAAAGCAGGCAAAGAAUUUGAAUAGAUAUUUAACAAAAAAGAUAUGCAAAAAGCCAACAAGCACUUCAGACGAUGCUCAGUUUCAUUAAUUAAAGAAAUACAAAUCAAUAACACUUCAUUUCCAACUAUCAUCAAAAAAGAACACAAGUAUUUUCAAGGAUAUGGAGAAAUUAGAAUCUUUGUGCAUUUCUAGUGGUAUUAUAAAAAUGAUAUAGCAGUUGCUCAAAACAACACGGAAGUUCCUCAAAAAAUAAAUAAACAUGCAGUUACCAUAUGGUAUUCCACUUGUAGGCAGAUACUCUAAAGAAUUGAAAGCAGAGAUGAAUAGGUAUUUCUAUACCAGUGUUCAUAGCAGCAUUACUGAGGAUAGCCAAAGGUGGAUAUAAUCCAAGUAUCUGUUGAUGGAUGAAUGGAUAAACAGAGUAUGAUAUUUACAUGCAAAGGAGUAGUGUUCAACUUAAAAGAAAUGAAGUGUUAAAACAAGCUACAAUGUAGGUUUAUAAAACAUGGUAAAUGAAAUACAAAAGAACAAUUAUAUGAUUCUAUUUAAACAAGUCACAUAGAAGACCAAAAGAACAGUGGCUGUCAGGGACCAGGGAGAGCAGAAAGGGAAGGGAUUUUGUUUGUUUUUUUAAAGGGUAGAGUUUCAGUUUGGGAUGAUGAAAAACUUACAGAGAUGGACAAUGGUGAUGGCUUUACAACAGGGUCAAAGUAGUAAAUGCCACUGACAUCUCUAAAAUAGUAAAUUUUAUGUUACAUUACCACAAAAAAGCCAUUUAAAAUAGUGUAUAAGCAGUCAUAACUCACUAUCCAUGGGAGGUUGAUGGCAGGACAGUUCCCACAUCCUGGAUACCAAAAUCUUUUACAUAAAAUGGUGAGGUACUUGCUUUUAACCCCACAUGUCCUCCCAUAUACUUUAAGUCAUUUCUAGAUAACUUAUAAUACCUAAUAUAGGGGUCUUCCUAAGUUCAUGCAAAUGUAUAGUAUGAAAAAUCCAAGGAUUUAAAAAUUUGUCUACCGAAAUAAAUAUAUUAUUCCAUUUC